AGAUCCCCUCGGUGACACCGCGCUUGGCCACCCGCAACCAGACGUCCUUCCGUGUGACCUGGCCCCGCCCCCCUGUGCCAGUGGAUGGCUACCAGGUGGCCCUCAUCCCACUGGAUGAGCCGGCAGCGAUGACGACCCAUGAGCUGCCCGGCUCCGCUGUCGCCUUUGAGGUGACAGGGCUGGCACCCGGCCAUGCCUUCGAGCUCUUCAUCCAGGCCCAGCGGGAGCAGCACCUUGGGGCGCCCGGCACCCUGCGCAUCCGCACCUGGUUCCCUGGGGUCCCCAGCAUCACCAGUGGCCCCAGCGUCACCAUCAGCCAGAGGGUCUCCGGCAUCCCCAAGGUCCCCAGCAUCCCCGGGGUCAACAGGGUCCCUGGGAUCACCAGCAUCAUCAGUGCCACCAGAUGCAUCCUUGGGGUCAACAGGGUCUUUGGGGACACCAGCAUCCCCAGGAUCUCCAAGAUUUCCAGCAUCCCCAGUAUCUCGAGGGUCCCCAGGAUCCCCUGCAUCCCCAAGGUCCCCAGAGGCUCCAGCAUCUCCAGUGUUCCCAAGGUCACCUGCAUCUCCACGGUCCCCAGCGUCACCACAGUCCCCUGUGGCCCAUCCCUGCAUGACCUGGGGGCCAAGCUCUCCUCCUACAAUGGCUCCUUGCUGCAGCGCCUGGAGAGCCACCUCCGGGCUACAAAAUUCCCCCUCCGGGGCAACCAAACAGUGCCGGCGGUGGCCCGUGCCAUCCUCUCUUACCUUCUGCGCCGCAGCCCAGCCCCAUUGCGUCACCAGCUCCUCCGCCAGAUCCCCCACCCCAAGCCCCAGUUGAUGCCGGGGGCUGCUGGUGAGGCUCUGGUGGACCUGGAUGGGCUGCGGGGCCACGCAGAGACUGUGGUGAUCCGUUACCGGCUCCUGGAAGAGCCGGAGGGGGCUGAGGGGGAGUUACAGGUGCCGGGGGACACAGCGGUGGCCCGGGUGCCAGGGCUGGUGCCGGGGGCCAUGUACCGGGUGGAGGUGCACGGCGUGGUGCGGGGGCACGUCUCCAAGUCCUACACAUUCCUGGUGACGGCAGGGGUAGGUGGCACCAAUGAGCCCCCGCUGGACUGGGAGCACAUGUAUGAGAUAGAGUUGACUGAACCCCAAGGUGCCGUAGCCAAAGCAGUGCCGGCCCCACCGUCAGAGGAACCACCGCUCCGGCCCCGCCUGGGCGGGCUCACGGUCUCCCAUGUCACCCCUGGCUCUGUCCAGCUGGAGUGGAGCGUCCUCGAGGGCACCUUUGACUCCUUCACGGUGCAGUACAGGGAUGCGCAAGGCCAACCUCAGGCACUCGCAGUCGAUGGCGGGUCCCGCACAGUGACGGUGCCAGGGCUGUCACCAUCACGCCUCUACAAAUUCAACCUGUAUGGAGUGUGGGGUCGGAAACGCAUUGGCCUUAUCUCCACCGAUGCCGUCACAGCCCUGGCCCCACCAAAGGAGGAACCCCCAUCCCAGCCAAUCCUGGGCGAGCUGACGGCCUCGCAGGUCACCCCUGAGUCCAUCCAGCUGGAGUGGAGCGUCCCUGAAGGCACCUUUGACUCCUUCACGGUGCAGUACAAGGAUGCGCAAGGCCAGCCCCAGGUGCUGCCUGUGGAUGGUGAUUCCCAUAUGGUGACGGUGCCGGGUCUGUCACCAUCGCGCCGCUACAAGUUCAACCUGUAUGGGAUGUGGGGUCGGAAGCGUGUGGGCCCCAUCUCCACCGAUGCUGUCACAGCUGCAACCAAGCCAGAGGAGGAACCCCCAUCCCAGCCGAUCCUGGGCGAGCUCGCAGCCUCGCAGGUCACCCCCGACUCCGUGCAGCUGGAGUGGAGCGUCCCCGAGGGCACCUUUGACUCUUUCACGGUGCAGUACAAGGAUGUGCAAGGCCAGCCCCAGGUGCUGCCCGUGGACGGUGAUUCCCACAUGGUGACGGUGCCGGGUCUGUCACCAUCGCGCCGCUACAAGUUCAACCUGUAUGGGAUGUGGGGUCAGAAGCGUGUGGGCCCCGUCUCCGCUGACGCUGUCACAG